AUGAGUCGUCUGUUGGAUGCUAUAGCUCGCCUUGGUCCUACCAUUCAGCGCACUUCCUCGGAUCCUCGCCCGGUUGUCUUGAUGACCUGCGCAGUGGCAGGAUCUGGGAAGACCACUUUCGCCAAAUCAAUCUGCUCCGCCUAUCCAUCUUUCACUCGUCUCUCCAUUGACGCGUAUGUCUACUCUCAUCAUGGCCUUUGGAACGUGGACUACCCCAAGGAACACUACGAGAAGUAUCAAGAAGAGGCGGAAGCAGCUCUGAGACAGCAACUUGUCCAUAUUCUCCAACAUGACAAUGCAAACGUCGUCCUUGACUUCUCUUUCGCAUUCCGUGAAGACCGUGAGGUGUGGAAAGCGCUCAUCUCGGAAUCGGGUGGGCGCUGGGUGCUGGUUUAUCUGAACGCGGAUCCAACAGAGAUUCGGCGAAGAGUAGCAGCUAGGAACGCACUGAUCGAGAAAGAUGGAGACUCGGCAUUCUACCUAACAGAAGAUUUGUUGGAACGGUACAUUAAUGGAUUUGAACGGCCGGUUGGAGAGGGGGAGAUUGUCAUCGACUUGGAUUAA